CUCCCACUACAACUGAGGAGCCAAGCACAACCACAAAAUCUACAACACCAUCAACCCAACCUCCCACUACAACAGAAGGACCAACCACAACUACAGAAUCUACAACCUCAUCAACCAAACCUCCUACCACAACUCCAGGACCAACCACAACUACAGAAUCUACAACCUCAUCAACCAAACCUCCUACCACAACUGCAGGACCAACCACGACCACAAAACCUACACCAUCAACCCAACCUCCCACUACAACUGAGGAACCAAGCACGACCACAAAAUCUACGACACAAUCAACCCAACCUCCUAUUACACCAUGCUUCUGUGUAGUUAAUGGCAAGCAGUAUAAGCCAGGGGAGGUAAUAUUUGACAGGGAACACCUUGGAUCAGGUUUAUGUCUCACAAUGAUAUGUUCUCAUACUUGUGAGAUUCGCAACAAGACAGAAAUUUGCACCACACCUGUGCCUACACCUACUCCUACAACCACACCUCCUGGACCUACCUGUCCUGAAUGGGGCGCAGUGCAAAAUGAGACCUUCUAUUUGUGCAACUGCACCAUGGCCAGAUGCAUUGAGAACAAUACAGUUGAAAUAGUUCCUUAUGAAUGUCCACCCCUUGAGAACAUCACUUGUACCAAUGGAAAGAAACCAGUUCUUGUUUAUGACGAGCACUACUGCUGCCAAUAUUAUGCUUGUGACUGUGUAUGUGAAGGCUGGGGAGAUCCACAUUACAUCACAUUUGAUGGAUUGUACUACAGUUAUCAAGGAAACUGUAGUUACAUUUUGAUGGAAGAGAUUUCACCAAAACAUCAGUUGAAGAUUUAUAUUGACAAUGUCUUUUGUGAUCCCACUGAAGAUGUUUCUUGUCCAAGAUCAAUAAUUGUAUCAUACAGAUCGCAAGCUAUCAGACUCAUCAACCAUAACCUUAAUGGAGCAGUUGAAUUGGAGGCACUGAAAAACGAAAAACAUCUGAAACUACCUUAUUCACAAGAUGAUAUUAGAAUCAUGGAUUCUGGCAUUAAUUUGGUUUUGGAGAUCCCUCCCCUAAAAGUUGUCAUUACAUUUGGACUAGUUGGCUUUAGCGUUAAUCUUCCAUUUCAGUACUUUGGCAAAAACACACAAGGCCAUUGUGGAACAUGCAACAACAACCAAGCAGAUGACUGCAUGUUGCCUGGAGGCCAGCUGGUGAAAAGUUGUGCAGUGAUGGCCGACUAUUGGCUUGCAAAAGACAUUUCCCCGCCCAGCUGCAAGAUACCACCUGUGUUGCCCACCAACAGACCUGAACCUGAACCAACUGGAACUUCAUGCACGCCAAAUGAUAUAUGCGGCCUGCUUAAGAGCAGUGUCUUUGCAGCGUGCCAUCCCUUUGUCUCCCCUGACCAUUUCUACCAAGGUUGUGUUUUUGAUAGUUGUCAUCUUUCCAACAAAGCAGUGGAGUGCACAAGUUUGCAGACUUAUGCUGCUGCCUGUGCUCAGGCUGGGGUUUGCAUUCACUGGAGGAACCAAACAACACUAUGUGCAAGUGACUGCCCAUCAAAUAAAGUUUACAAGCCAUGUGGUCCUGCAGAACAGCCAACCUGCGAAGACGAUCCAAAUGAAUCAACUUUGAACUUCACUACUGAGGGUUGCUUUUGUCCUGAUGGAAAGAAACUCUUCAACAAAGAGUCUGGCAUAUGUGUUGAUAAGUGUGGAUGUCUUGAUUCUGAGGGCAUUCCUCGUGAGUUUGAUGAGAAGUUUGAGCACAAUUGCCAAAACUGCAUCUGUAAGGAGUCCACUAGGACUGUGACUUGCGAGCCUAAGGUGUGCCCAGUACCACCUGCAGCAAACUGCACCAGUCCAGGGUUUGUCCUUGUCAACCAAACAAAUCCCUUAGACCCCUGCUGUUCUGUCUAUGUUUGCCAAUGUCAAAGCAACACUUGUCCAGUUUACAACAUGAACUGUCCAGUUGGACAUAUUCCAGUUGUUGAUGUCCCUGAGGGAAAAUGCUGUCUAGAGCAUACCUGUGAGCCCAAAAGAGUUUGUGUCCACAGAGAGACUGAAUACCAGCCUGGUUCUUCAGUUCCUGGGCCUCUAUGUCAAGAUUGCACCUGUACCAAUGAGGUGGAUCCAAAGACUGGUCUAUUCAAAAUAAAGUGUGAGUUUCAGCAAUGUCAAGAGGACUGUGAACUGGGAUAUGAGUAUAAGGAAGGUGAAGCAAAUGAAUGCUGUGGGAAGUGUGUACAGACACACUGUAUCUUCAGUGUUAAUGGUACCAAUCAACUGUUGUCGAAAGGAGACACCUGGUCACCACCUGACAGUAAAUGUGAACAGUACAUAUGUGUUAAGAGUGGUGAGACUUUAACAACAAUCAGAUCACACAUUGUAUGCCCACCUUUCGAGGAGAGCAACUGCCAACCUGAUACAAUUCAGACCGCAGCAGAUGGCUGUUGUACAACUUGUGUGGAGAAAGAGAAAGCCUGCAAGUUACUAUCCAUGAAAACCGUUGUUUCGCAUAAGGGCUGUCAGUCUUAUGAGGAGGUAGAAAUACCAUAUUGUGAAGGAUCCUGCAAUACUUUCACCAAGUACUCCCAAUUAGCAGCAAGUAUGCAGCACUAUUGCUCCUGCUGUAAGGAGACACGCUCCAGCAGGCGUACUGUUAACUUGUACUGCCUGAAUGGAGACGUGGUUCCCCACUCCUACAUCCAUGUGGAGGAGUGUGGCUGUGACCAAACAGAAUGCACCAAAGCUGCUGGACACCCUUCUCGCAGGAGGCGAAGCCUCCCAUAGUGUAACAAAAAAUCGGUCAUCACAUUAAUGGAUGUGGGCUGUAAAAGUUCUUCCCAUAUUAUUCAUAAUAUAGUGAUUGUAUUAGUGAAAGUAUAGCAAAAGUAUUUAUCAACUGAUCAAAUAAAAAGAUGCAACUCUG